AUGGCGCCCUCAUUACGUGUCUCAUGGGCGUAUACGCUGCGUAAGGAAGAUUUAUUGACGUAUUUGGAGGAAUUUGGAUGUCAAACAACAGGAACAGUGGAUGAACUUCGAAGAAGGUUUGCUCUGCUGCUAUCGGACGAGUGCACGCAAGAGCAGUUGGAUCGGUUUUUGGAACUACAAGAGCGGCAUGAGAGACCUUCAACCAGCCAGGAGGCCAAAUACCUCACUCCAAUGAAAACACCCAGCAUCUCCAUUACCUCUGCGCCUACACCAAGUGUAGAGAAAGGUGGAUCCGAAAAGGCUAACGAGACUGGAGGAAGGACCACAAUAUUGCAUAAACCAGAUGUUCCCGCCGUCAGAGACCCCCGGGUUGUGGCGGAUCAGGUGCGAAAAUGGAAUAUAACCUAUGACGGGACACGCGGACCUCUGGAGUUCGUGGAACGACUAGAAGAGUUGGCACACAUGUACGAGGUGGACAUGGAUGAAUUACCCCGAAUGAUGCCAGAGGUCUUACGAGAAAAUGCCUUGAUCUGGUUUCGCGCGAAUAAUAGACAUUGGCCGUCGUGGACAUCAUUUCGAGAGGAUUUUCUUCAUUUUUUCUUGCCGGCACGCUACUUCGAGCAACUGGAGGAUGAGAUAAGGAAAAGGAAGCAGAAACAUCGUGAGACAUUUAAAGCCUAUACCCUGUGUAUGCAGAAUCUCAUGCGGCAUACCACCUACAGUGAGGACCAGAAACUAGAACGGAUCUUCCGGAACGCGUUACCCGAGUAUCUGUGGUACAUUCGCCGUCGGGAUUUCAUAACGUUGAGAGAACUAUUGGAGAUGGCUGAGGAUCUCGAGAGUCUACCGCCGGGUACCGGUCCCGUUCGAGAGCAGCAUCGACUUAUGGAACCCACAAAUAUGGAGCCGUCACAAGGACACAUCGACCCAAAAACUGCAUGUACUAUUUUGCUGGGUCUGCGGACUGAGAGGAACACGCACGAUAGACUGUUGCCGCCUGCCGUCGGGAAACGACAUUCGGAUUCGCACAACUCGAGGGGAAGCGAAUCCGUCAGAGAAGACAAGGCCCCUCCUCUAAGCACAUCUCUCCGCGUUGAGGGUACAAGACUUGUGGCGUCUAUAAUUAUAGCCGGCCGACAUAUCCCUGCCACAGUUGACACCGGUGCAACGAGCAGUUUCAUCAGUGAGCAAUUAGCCGCAAGUCUUCAGACCGAGUCCCCGAGUGUUCCAUACGCCGCAACAGUCACCUUGGCGGAUGGCUCACAACGUCAAGUUUUGGAAGCUGUUGAUAGUCUCUUUACCUUCGGCAACCGACGAAUUAGAAUGCGGCUUCUUGUUAUGCCGGAUGCCACGGAAGAUUUGAUUCUUGGCCUAAACUUUUUAACAGAAGUUGAAGCCCGUAUAACGUGCGCCGGUCUUACUUGCGUAUUUAAGGUUCAGCCGGAGCAGCACCGACACCAGACAAUGAUCACUGCGGAUCUGACAAAAGAUGACCAAAUGCGUGAGACUUCCGGAUAUGACACGGUAAGUGGUGUUGAACUUAAAGAACAAAAAAGGAUACAGGAUUUUUUAGAAGGAGAGCUUCAGAAAUUUAGCGACAUAUGCGGCCCUUCCACGAUUGCCACGCACAAGAUCUCGAUGAAGGACGACCGGCCGUUCAAACUCAGGUAUGCACCUCGGAACCCGGCCAUGCAGGCAAUCAUCGACGGCAAAAUCAACGAGCUCCUGGCACAAGGAUAUAUAGAACCCUCGCGCAGUCCUUAUAGUUCCCCGAUUACGCUAGCAAAGAAGAAGAACGGUACGUGGAGGCUAUGUAUAGACUUUCGGCAACUAAAUAGUAAAUCCGAACCAGACGCGUACCCUCUCCCAAGGAUAGAUUCCAUCUUAAACCGCCUUCGGGAGGCAAAAUUUGUCAGCAGCCUCGACCUGAAAGACGGAUAUUGGCAGAUACCGAUGGAAGAACAGAGCAGAAAGUAUACCGCAUUCACAGUUGCAGGUCGAGGGUUAUAUCAAUGGAAGGUUAUGCCGUUCGGUCUCCAUUCGGCUCCCGCCACAUUCCAGAGAGCAUUGGAUAGUAUAAUUGGACCCGAGAUGGAACCACACGCGUUCGCCUAUUUGGACGACAUAAUCGUUAUAGGAAAAUCGCUGGAAGAACAUUUACACAAUCUUCGGGAGGUAUUUCGGCGAUUACGUGAAGCUCGGCUACGCAUCAAUCCCGACAAAUGCGAAUUCUUUAAAAAGGAAACCAAGUACCUGGGCCAUGUUGUCAGCGGAAAUGGGAUACACACGGAUCCGGACAAGGUAGCAGCAAUACAAGAAAUGACAGCACCCGAAACCCUUAAGGAGCUGCGCCGGUUUUUGGGUGUGGUUUCAUGGUACCGAAGGUUUGUACCGGAUUUCGCUACCCUAGCCCAGCCGCUCACAUCGCUUCUGAAAAAAGGAAAACACUGGAGGUGGACGGAGGACCAGCAGACGGUGUUCGAAGUAUUAAAGGCACGGCUCACGCAGGCACCGGUUUUAGCCUGCCCUGAUUUCACCAGAAAAUUUAUUCUUCAAACCGACGCCAGUGACUAUGGUUUGGGAGCAGUUCUGACCCAAAUAUUUGACGAAGGCGAACGGGUGAUAGCCUAUGCUAGUCGCACGUUGAUUGGAGCCGAAAGGAACUACUCUGCCACAGAAAAGGAGUGCUUGGCAAUAGUUUGGGGCAUUCGGAAAAUGCGGGAGUAUAUUGAAGGAUACAAUUUCCUCGUGAUCACCGACCAUUUAGCGUUGAAAUGGCUGAACUCGAUUGAUAAUCCCACUGGUAGACUGGCCCGGUGGGCUUUGGAACUCCAACAAUACAACUUUACAGUACAAUAUCGGAAAGGCUCGUUAAAUGUGGUGGCAGAUACUUUGUCACGGCACCCUAUCGAAUCCCUGCAGCGCGCCGUCGAGGAAUCAUUUGCAGAAUGUCAGUGGUUUAAGGAGAAAGUGGAGACAGUCAAGGCAAAUCCAAAAAAAUUCCCCGAUUAUUCCAUUGUAGGUACCCAGCUUUACCGGCACAUCCAGAAAACCACUAACGACGACGAUGACGUGCCGUGGAAACUGUGCGUUCCAUCCCAUCUACGGGAACGGGUACUCCAUGAGAAUCAUAGCCAACCUGCAGCCGGUCAUUUAGGAAUACGCAAAACCAUUCAGAAGGUUGGAGCUCGUUAUUAUUGGCCCGGGAUGGCUCGUGACAUCGCCAGAUUCGUGAGAUGCUGUGAAUCUUGUCAAAAGUAUAAGGUCAAUCAGAUGGCACCGGCGGGAGAAAUGUUACUGUCGAUACCAGAAGAGCCAUGGGCGACCAUAUGCGCCGAUUUUGUUGGCCCCAUGCCGCGGACAAAACACGGGAAUUCCAUGCUCCUAGUAUUCAUCGACCGUUUCACCAAAUGGGUGGAAUUGGUCGCCAUGCGGAAGGCUACAGCGGAAGGAGUGGUCAGAGCCUUCCGUGAAAGGAUCCUAGCACGUUUCGGCGCCCCGAAAGUUUUCAUUAGUGACAACGGUAGCCAAUUCACGAGUCGAUUAUUGGAUAAUUAUUUGCGAGAGAUUGGGGUUCGCAGACAGUUUACAGCGCCAUAUUGUCCACAGGAGAACCCCACGGAACGGGCUAAUAGAACUAUUAAAACAAUAAUAGCACAGCUGGCGGAUAGCAAGCAUAACAAAUGGGACGAGUAUCUUCCUGAGAUUUCACUAGCGAUAAAUUCGAGCGCCUCGGAGACUACGGGAUACAGUCCAGCUUUCCUGGUGCAAGGACGGGAACCUCGACUCCCGGGAACCUUAUACGAUGAGGUCACCACCGGGUCUGGCGCUCGGGUCGUGGAGCCAUCGCAGAGAGCAAGCGAACUCCAGGAAAUAUUUCAGGUUGUAAAAAGAAAUUUGGCCAGAACAGGGGAAGAACAGAGGCGUGAUACAAUCUGAGGCGACGCGAGUGGACUCCGAAUAUUGGGGACCUGGUUCUCGUUAAACAACAUCCUUUAUCCAACGCAACAGAGAAAUUCGCUGCCAAAUAUCCAAACAUCUAUAAUGGAGCCCCAAAGCAUGCGCACCAAAGCUUAUUACAAGCAGCAGUACCAACUGGUCGAUUCCAUGAAACCAUGUUCGGUGCGCCUAACCAGGCUCACCAACGAAGAACUCAACGUCGCCCUGCAUGUGACACCGGUUCCGCAGCGACCAAAACUAGGCAAGAGACGUCAGGCUAGCCCGACCACCUCAACAAGGCCCUUACACCCAAUAAAAGAGCGACGUGUCAGGCAACCUACACUCCCACCACCGAUAGAGACGAUCGUUAUCUCCUCGGAUGAUGAGGAGCCAUCCACACCACCCCGACGAACCCAACGUGACUACCCCAUCACACCAUCCCCGAAUGUGUCACCGAUAUCUGUCAGUGGUUUGCCCCCAACCCCGGGUAGAGGCAUUUUCUUUGAUUUGGGUUUGCCACCAACUCCAGGACGCAAUCCACCCUCAGCUCUCUCCCCAAGGUACACUCCGGAUUCGGAAUCUGAAAGUGGAUCACCCCAGCCGAGGAUGAAUCGUCGCUUGCAACAACUAAGGAGUCCGAGUGUACCGAUAAUCCCCAGUGUGGUCACAAUCCCGCCGCCUACACCACCCUCCAGUGCAUACAUCCCGUUCGAGUGUAGGGAGUCGCUUUCGGACGAGACCAAGCGACUGUUGCAGCCUUGCUUGCAGGAAGCUGUCCGACGCUGUGCGCCACACCAACAAUAUAAAAGGAUAUUUACAGUGGGCGGACAGAAAAUGAGGGUGCUAGUCAACCGACAAGGGAAAAUAUUCGUCAGCCAACGCUAG